AUGGCGGUGCCCACCAAUUUGAGCUUUUCCGUCCGAAACAUCUUGGAGCUGCCGGAGCGAUACCCGAAGACUUUGCCUGAGUCGUCGCCACCACCUUCGUCUUCCGCGCGGUCGCCCUUCGCCCCCCUCACCGCAUCGUGGAUGCUGGACUCCGACAGGAGCUCAUGUCUAUCGUGGGAUGAAGGUAGCAGCCCGGAGGCCUCCCCAGACUCCACAAAGCCGGACGCCGAGGAGUCUCUGUUGCAGCCGACCAAGAAGAGCAAGAAGCGGCGCGUCCUCUUCUCCAAGGUGCAAACACUGGAGCUGGAGCGGCGCUUUCGACAGCAACGUUACCUGUCGGGCCCGGAGCGGGAGCAGCUGGCCCGCGCCCUCAGCCUGACGCCUACCCAGGUCAAGAUCUGGUUCCAGAACCACCGCUACAAGAUGAAGAGGGGCCGGGGGGUGCAGGUGGACGACUCGGAGAUGCUCCCUCCUCCGUUGCUGCGUAGGGUGCUGGUGCCGGUGAUGCUCGGCGACGGGAAGCCCUUCUUACUGGACGGGUCGGGGGCAGGGGGCACUUCAAGCGGGCACCCGCGGACGCUCCGUUUGCCCCCGGCCGCCUACCCGGCCGUCCGGGGCCUCCCGGCGGCCCUCCCGCGGGCUCUGCCGCCCCUCCACCCCCACUUUCAAAGUCCGGUGGCGUCUGGAUUCGCCUGGACGGACUUUUGGAGUGACUCUGUUCAUUUUGCUCCUUUCAAGAGAGCGAGACUCACAAAACGGCUGCCCCGAGAGGCUCCACCUGUAUAUGCCACUGUCACUCUCACACGACAAACAAACAGUGAGGUUACAAGGGCACCUACAACAACAAGUGCAAUCAGAAAGAGAAGUCCACGCGCACGCAGCCCCCUACCCUUUUUUCUCGUGAUGUUCAUCAAGAGGCCCUCAGUCAGCGCAGUUAAUAAAGUGCGCUGCACGCUGACGUCAUCGGAGCCCCCGCCCCUCUCUUCCGCCUUAAACGUGUGCUGCGUGGACCCCCCGAGCCAACAUCGGCGAGCUCCCACUCCAUCCAAUUAA